CAUGAGCUCAAUGCCCAUUUGGAUGUUAAUUCAAAGGAUUCUUUCUUUUGGUCUCAGACGGUGCUAGCAAACUGCUAUACCCUAUUUCCUUCUGGGCCUGAGUUUUGAUCUCUGGAGAUCAGUGAGCUAGAGGAAUGGCAGAAUCCGCAGUGUCCUUUUUGGUUGAGAAGCUUGGUACGUUAGCUGAGAAAGAGGUGAAACUGUUGAAAGGGGUACGUGGAGAAAUUGAACUCAUCAGAGUUGAAUUUGAGAGCAUGAAGGCCUUUCUAGAACGUGCCGAGUUGUCGCAAGAAGAUGACCUUGAGUUGAAGGUGUGGGUGAAACAGGUCAGAGAGGUUGCAUACGAUAUGGAGGAUAUUCUGGAUGAAUUCAUGCUCAACUUGGCAAGAGAUCACGGACGUGGGUUCAUGAGGUACUUUCACAAGAUCAAGUCAUCCAUACAUAACUUGAAAGCACGCCAUCAUAUCUCCUCCAAGAUAGCUGAUAUCAAGUCAAGAGUCAACAAGAUCGCCGAAGUGCAUCAGCGAUACAAUUUCAAGUCAUAUUGCACAGAACAAAGUGCGAGUGCAUCCACCAGAGGCACCUCAUGGCACGAUCUCAGGGAGGAUGCUUUUCUACUCGAGGAAGGUGAACUGGUGGGGAUUGACGAGCCGAGAGAAGAGCUCGUUAAGUGGCUUGUUGACAGAGAACCCGGACUUGAAGUUUUAUCAAUCUUUGGGAUGGGGGGUUUGGGGAAGACCACUUUGGCAAAAAGAGUCUACGACAAUCACCAAGUAAAAGCAUACUUCCAAAGCCAUGCAUGGAUCACUGUCUCACAGUCUUAUGAGAUUGAGGAUAUUUUGAGGGACAUGGUUGAACAACUUCAUGAAGAAAUUAAGCAACCGGUCCCUCAAGGAAUGGAAUCCAUGAAUAGAAUGAGGCUCAUGCAAAUAGUGAAAAACUUUCUACAGCAAAAGAGGUACGUCAUUAUUCUAGAUGAUGUAUGGAACUCGAAAGCACUAGAAGGUAUAAAAAAUGCAAUGCCUAAUAGCAGUUUCUGUAGCCGAAUAAUAAUCACCACCCGCAUGGCUGACGUUGCUACUGUAUUCAACCAAUCAAAAGUUUAUAAACUCAAGCCCCUGUCUGCAGAAGAAUCAUGGUCUUUAUUUUGCAAGAAAGCCUUCCGUGGGAAUCCCUGUCCUCCUUACCUAGAACACCUUUCUCAACAGAUUUUGAAAAAAUGUGAAGGUUUGCCACUUGCCAUAGUGGCAAUUGGCGGUCUUCUCUUCGCAAAAGAUGUUCAAGAAUGGGAGAUGAUUUCUCGCAGCCUUGCUGCAGAACUAGAAAGCAAUGACAAGAUGCACAAUUUCAGGAAAAUUCUCAGCUUGAGCUACAAUGAUUUGCAUUAUAACUUGAAAAGCUGCUUUUUGUACUUGGGAGUAUUUCCAGAGGAUCACGUGAUUGAGUGUAUGAGACUCAUCCGUCUGUGGAUUGCAGAAGGAUUUGUUGAGAAAAGAGAAGGGAUGUCACAAGAGGAGGUUGCUGAAAGAUACCUGAAGGAGCUUAUAAACAGAAGUUUGGUGCAAAUCGCAGAAACAAUUUCACGCGGAAGGCUAAGACGUUGUAGGGUACAUGACCUAAUGCGGGAAACUAUCCUUUCUAAGUUAAGGGAUGAAAACUUUGUUUCGUUCGCAUCUGAGCAGAAAAAAGAAUUGGACGAAAGGGUCCGGCGUUUGUCAGUCCAAAACACCUGCAACAACGCAUUGAACCAGCUAAAUCUCCCUCGCCUACGCUCUCUGCUCAUUUUUGGGUUACGAAAAUUGUCAACCUCAGAUGAGCAAUUCUUCCCAAGUGGCUCUAAGCUGCUCAGGGUGUUAGAUCUGAGAGGUUCAUCCCUUCACAAGUUCCCCCAACAAAUACUAGUUAUGUUCCACUUGAAGUAUCUAAGUUUGAGAGGGACCCACGUGUGCAUCAUUCCUAGGUCAAUUGGGAAACUACAAAAUCUGGAGACUCUGGAUCUUAAACAGACAUUAGUCUCUAAGCUGCCUGUGGAGAUAACCAAGCUCAAGAAAUUACAGUAUCUUCUGGUGUACAGGUAUACAAAAAUGACAAACUUAGGUUUUGUUAAGGGAUUUUCAGCUCCCCGGGGCAUUGGAGUGCUGGCAUCACUGCAAAAAUUGACCUGUGUAAAAGCUGGAGGUGGUCGGAGCAAGAAUACAAUGCAAGAGCUGGGAGAGUUAAGUCAACUAACGAGGCUGGGUGUAAUGGACCUGAAGGGAGAUGAUUCAAAGGAACUAUGCCACUCCCUCGUGAAGAUGACCAUCCUUCGAACACUUAGUGUGACAGCAAAAAGUGAGUCUGAAGUUAUUGAUUUAGAUUUUCUAUCUUCACCUCCCUCACUCCUUCGGACUCUAAAUAUCCAAGGAUGUCUAAAGAAGCUGCCUCAUUGGCUUCCUCUGUUGAACAAUCUGGCCAAAAUGAGUUUGUCAUGGACCAGAUUGGAAUCUAGCCCCCUAAUUGCUCUCCAGAAUUUGCCCAAUCUCGUGGUGCUUCAUCUGAGUAGUGCCUUUAAUGGGGAAACAUUGGUUUUUGGAGAUAGAGGGUUCCCAAAGCUCAAGACCUUGUACCUCUCCGAUCUAGAAAAUCUGAGACUUCUGUUGAUGAAUGAUCAUGCAAUGCUUUGCCUUCAGAGUCUCUUUAUUGGCGGAUGCAGGCACUUGGACUGGAAAUCAUUAAUGGUUGUCAUCCGUGGCCUUGUGAACCUCAAGCAUCUCCAAUUCAGUGACAUGCCAGAAGAAUUUGCUCUUGCGUUCUAUCCGGACAACAGUAGCAGAAUGACGGAGGGUAUUCUGCAAGAGUGCUUUGAGGAGUUGAUGGAACGCAACCCAGAAGUUUACUUCAUCUGGAGGAAAGAGAAUCACUGGGAGCGGCAUGAUCUUAGCCUCGAUUCCUAUAAUAUCAUCCAGGGUAGGGUGAUGAGCCGCGUCGAGGUUCAUCCUCAAGUUUCGUAGAUCAUAGUGAUAUAUUGGCCCCAGCCAGUCCCCCCUUGGUCCAUCAUUGAUCAUCACAAGAAAGAAGAUCCUCCGGUGUUUUUAUAAUUCUUCUAUAAUCAA